AUGAGGCAAUAUUAGCCAAUUAAUGAAUAGUAAUACGGAUAAUAAUAGUAAUAAACAGUUAAGGUUAAUUCUGUUUAACCAAUAAUUAUGUAACCUGUAGUAGCUUAACCAGUUUAAACCGUAAUCGUACAAUAGCCUGUAUAAACUGUUGUUGUUUAAUAACCAACUUAAACUGUUGUUGUUUAAUAACCUCCAUAGACUGUUGUUGUUUAAGAUCCAUACUAUUAAAAUGCACCACCUAUGCAACAACCUUAGAUGGUAUAUGCCUAUCAGAACUAAUAAGGCGCCAUUCCUGUGUACAAUGGCUAGGGCUAGCAAUAAAAUAACUAGGUUUAUGUUUCCGAAUAUUAAUAACAACAAUAAUAUUAAUAAUAAUAACAAUAUGGGGUUGGAUAUCCUAACUAAUAAUAUCAAUAACAAUAAAAUAAUUAUCCUUAACAUUUCUAGAAUUAAGCUAAAUAGCCGGUAGUAUACUAAUAAAACAACUACCAAUAGAACUAAUAUAAAAACAGAACGUAUGCAGGUCCUGUUGUUGUUUAUGUAGGAGGAGCUCCUGGAUGUAAUUUUUGCUCCUACAAAAAGCAAGACAGUCUUUGCAAAAAAAUGUGUGAUUGCCUUUUUUACUUAAUAUUGUCUCCUUUUUAUUUGAUUACUUACUGUUUAAAGGGUAUUUUUGGUUUAUGUUCAGACACAUUUUUCAAAGAAAGCUGCGAACCUUGCUGUACAUCUUUAGGAAGUUUUUGCAGUAGCUGCUGUGGUAAUAUUGGUGGUUGGUGCAAUUCUUUAUCAAAUGCUUGUGGACGUUUUUGUAAUGGCUCCUCAUUAGAAUAAUAUGGAAACAAAUCUAUUGAUUGUUGUGAAAGCUGCUUUUUAAGAUGUGGUGAUUUUUGCAGAGAUUGCUGUGAUUCUAACUUUAUGAAAGGAGUAGGUGAUGGAUUAGAAUCAGGUGUUUAGCAUUCUUAAACUUUCUGUGGAAAUUUAUGCAGUCGUAUUGGAGAAUGUUGUAUUAAUACAUGCACUACAGAAAAUGUUGGAAAAGUUGGAGCCAAUUUGAGUGCAGGAGGAGAAGUAGUAACAGGAUUUUGUCAUAAGUGCUGUAUUGGAUGUGGAGCUAUCUUUACUUAGAUGUGUACUUGUAGUAAUGCUGAGAAGAUAGGCGAUUCUGUUUAAUCUGGAGCUGAGUCUGUCUCAGGAUGUUGUGUUUCUUGUUUCUCCUCUAUCGGAUCUAUUUGCAAAGAUUGCUGUAACAUGAAAGUUGUUUCAUAGAUAGGAGAAGGAGUUUAAGAUGGAGCAUAAAAAGCUGCUGGUUGCUGUUCUAAGUUUUGCACUUGCUGUUGUAGUACUGCUUUAUUAUCUAAAAUAGGAGAUGAAGCCGAAAAAUAGUUUGAUGUAGUAAUCGGCUGUUGUGGAGGUUGCUGCAAUAAAAUUGGUAGUAUGUGCACUUGUCUGUGUUCUCAAAAUGUAGUAGAAAAAGUUGGAUAAGGUUCUGAAGUCAUAGCUGAAAAUAUAUAAUCAUGCUGUUGCUGUAUUAUUAAGACAGUUUAGUCAGCAGGUGGAGUAAUUUAUGAUGCAAUUAGAUGA